AUGGAAUUGAAAGGAAUAGCUCCAAACAUGUUUUCUUUUCUUUUUGACAUAUUGUCUAGGAGUGGUGGCUUUUCUACACAUAGUGAGCAUAAAUAUGAUUGUAAUUUUAGUAAUGGUUCUGUUGUUGAUGAAUGCCCUCUUGUUAUUGUUGAUGAUGACCUUGAUGUUGCUAUUGUUGUUGCAGUUGCUCUUGCAAAGUCUUCACAAGAAGUUUCAAAGUUUGCAACUGUUGCACUGGUAGAUGUUGAUUCUGAGGAGAUCCUCUUUGUUAAAUAUUUUGACAAAAUGAUACCAUCUACUAUCUUUUUCUUCAAUGCACACCACAUGAAGAUGGAUUCUGGAACUCCAGACCAUACUAAAUGGGUUGGUAUCUUCCAAAGGAAGCAAGAUUUUGUCGAUGUUGUUGAGGUUAUAUUUAGAGGAGCUAUGAAAGGCAAGUUGAUCGUGGAUUGCCCUCUGCCUCCCGAGAGAAUACCCAAAUUCAAGUUGCUGUUCAAAGACCUGUAAAAAAAUUACUAGCAAGUGGGAGGGUGUUUGGGAAUUCAGUUCAUCCAUUCAGCCUACUGAAACUCGUGAUGUACAAAGGUGUUGGCAAUAUUGGUAUGUGUUUGGUGUAUGAUUGACAAUGCAAGACAGUCUUCACUCUUCA